AUGGCGUCCACCCCGACCAACCUGCAGAAAGCCAUAGAUCUUGCCAGCAAAGCGGCCCAGGAAGAUAAAGCCGGGAACUACGAGGAAGCCCUUCAGCUUUACCAGCAUGCUGUACAGUAUUUUCUCCACGUGGUUAAAUAUGAAGCACAAGGUGAUAAAGCCAAGCAAAGUAUCAGGGCGAAGUGUACAGAGUAUCUUGACAGAGCCGAGAAGCUGAAGGAGUACCUGAAGAAGAGAGAGACGAAGCCCCAGAAGCCAGUGAAGGAGGGGCAGCCGGCCCCCGCCGAAGAGAAGGGGAAUGACAGUGAUGGGGAAGGAGAAUCUGAUGAUCCCGAAAAAAAGAAACUGCAGAAUCAGCUUCAAGGUGCCAUUGUUAUGGAGCGACCCAAUGUGAAGUGGAGCGAUGUUGCUGGUCUGGAAGGAGCUAAAGAAGCUCUGAAAGAGGCCGUGAUAUUGCCUAUCAAAUUUCCUCAUCUCUUUAUAGGCAAGAGAACGCCUUGGAGGGGAAUCCUGUUAUUUGGGCCACCUGGAACAGGAAAAUCCUAUUUAGCCAAAGCUGUAGCCACAGAAGCAAACAACUCAACAUUUUUCUCAAUAUCUUCCUCUGACCUUGUUUCUAAGUGGCUGGGUGAAAGUGAAAAGCUAGUUAAAAACUUAUUCCAACUUGCCAGAGAGAAUAAACCUUCGAUUAUCUUCAUUGAUGAAAUCGAUUCUCUGUGUGGUUCAAGAAGUGAAAAUGAAAGUGAAGCUGCAAGAAGAAUUAAGACAGAAUUCCUAGUUCAGAUGCAAGGGGUUGGCGUGGACAAUGAUGGAAUUUUGGUUCUGGGAGCUACAAAUAUACCCUGGGUUCUGGAUUCUGCCAUUAGGCGAAGGUUUGAGAAACGAAUUUACAUUCCUUUGCCUGAGGCCCAUGCCCGAGCAGCAAUGUUUAAACUGCACUUGGGGGCCACUCAGAACAGUCUGACAGAAGCAGACUUCCGGGACCUUGGAAAGAAAACUGAGGGUUAUUCAGGGGCAGACAUAAGUAUCAUUGUACGGGACGCACUUAUGCAGCCAGUUAGGAAAGUACAGUCAGCUACUCAUUUUAAAAAGGUUCGAGGACCUUCACGAGCUGAUCCUAACAACAUAGUAGAUGACCUGCUAACGCCCUGCUCUCCAGGCGACCCUGGUGCCAUUGAGAUGACGUGGAUGGAUGUCCCUGGGGAUAAACUUUUGGAGCCAGUUGUUUGCAUGUCGGACAUGUUACGGUCGCUGUCCAGCACUAAGCCCACAAUCAACGAACACGACCUGUUGAAACUAAAGAAGUUUACAGAAGACUUUGGCCAAGAAGGCUAG